UGUCGCGGUGUACUGAUCUACCCGAGUUCCGGCAUGCCGGGCCGGCGUCUUAUUGCGGCUUCCCGAUUGCCCGCGCGCCAUGGAGUGCCUGCGCUACCUGCCCAGGCUACUGCCCCGCGCCGCGCAGUCCCGGAGGGUUCUGUGUAUGGCGGCGGUGCGCCUGAGCCUCGCUGCCUGCUGUGGCCGCGCGACCCCGCUGACCUCCGGGAGCCAGAAGGCGCCGAGCACACCCCGCACUGCAGGUGAUGUGUACCGGUUUAGAACCUCUGAUGCCUCUCAAGCUACUUUAGCCAGCGUGGCCCAGGUGUUUGCUGUGACAAAGUUUGACAAAGAAGGAAAUGUUACCUCUUUUGAGAGGAAGAAAACUGAACUAUACCAUGAGUUAGCACUCCAGGCCAGAGACUUGAGGUUUCAGCACGUAAUGAGCAUCACUACCAGAAACAACAGGAUCAUCAUGAGGAUGGAGUACUUGAAGGCUGUGAUAACUCCAGAGUAUCUUCUGAUACUAGAUUAUCGGAAUUUAAACUUGGAGCACUGGCUGUUCCGGGAACUGCCAUCACAGCUGGCUGGAGAAGGUCAGCUCGUUACGUACCCGUUACCGUUUGAGUUCAGAGCUAUUGAAGCACUCCUGCAGUACUGGAUCAACACCCUUCAGGGGAAACUAAGCAUCCUGCAGCCACUGAUCCUGGAGACCCUGGAUGCAUUAGUGGACCCCAAGCACUCUUCUGUCGACAGAAGCAAACUGCAUGUCCUACUCCAAAACGGCAAAAGUCUCUCUGAGUUAGAAACAGACAUUAAAAUCUUCAAAGAGUCAAUUUUGGAGCUCUUGGAUGAGGAGGAGAUGCUGGAAGAACUCUGUUUAACCAAGUGGAGUGACCCGCAUGUCUUUGAGCAGAGCAGCACUGGGAUUGACCACGCAGAGGAGAUGGAGCUGCUGCUGGAAAACUACUAUCGCUUGGCUGACGACCUCUCCAAUGAGGCUCGGGAGCUUCGGGUCCUGAUUGAUGAUUCACAGAGCAUUAUCUUCAUCAAUCUAGAUAGCCAUCGCAAUGUGAUGAUGAGGUUAAACCUCCAGCUGACCAUGGGAACCUUCUCGCUUUCACUCUUUGGACUGAUGGGAGUUGCUUUUGGCAUGAAUUUGGAAUCUUCCCUUGAAGAGGAUCAUCGUGUGUUUUGGCUGAUUACAGGGAUUAUGUUUAUGGGAAGUGGCCUCAUCUGGAGGAGGUUGCUUUCGUUCCUUGGAAGACAGCUGGAAGCUCCAUUGCCCCCUAUGGUAUGGACUUGGGGCUCACAGCAACACUGCUGGGUUCUCUUAAUCCUGGGCAUAGAGUCAGGCAGCCUGGGUUUCAGUGGCCACAGGCUUUGUGACCCUGUGCAAGUUCUCCUUCCUUUCCCUUCUGCUAAUCCAGUCUGCACUGUGUGCUUUAAAUGAUGUAGACAGUUAAGUGAGGUGAGAUGCUCACAGUGAAUCAGUUGGUUUCUGUAGAACACUGGCAGGAAUCAUAUGUUGAGACAGAUGCUCGUCACUCUGCAGGGCUUUCCCGUAGCUGUGCUGAAAUGCUGCGCUGUGCUGCUCUCAUGAGCGUAGGAGCCACCCCUCCUUUCCUCCCUUGUCUGUGGAGUCAGCGCUGCUGGAGGAAGUGCACAGGCACUGACCUGCAUGGUACCCACUUACCAUCUGGUUAGUGGCUUCUAAGAAAGACACACACUGAAAUUCUUUUCCUGCUUUAUUUAGAUGGCCUCCUUGCCUAAAAAGACCCUUCUGGCAGAUAGAAGGACGGAUGUGAAAAACAGCCUCAGGCCGGAAGGACUUGGAGCAGGCAGGACUAUCCUGGCAAGCCGAUAGCAGCAGCCUGGCAGACAAGGAUUUUUAUUCUUCUGAAGCUAUUAUCACUUUCUGGGGGAAAACGACAACUGGUGUUUAAAUUAUGAAUGACUAAAAAUACUGUGGCAUUCACAGUACUAAACUUGAUCGCAUUCUCAGAAUUCUUUGAGACAGUGCUUUCUUUGUAAAAGGCCCAAACCCUAUGUCCUACCAACUUUGAAUACUGUUUAUGGGCAUUUUAAAGUAUCGAUUUAUUUACUGUGAGUAGACUUAUCUAGAUCAGUGCCACUAUACAUAUGGAGGAAGUGUAGCUUUGUGCUGACUGCCCAGGGACUCAGCAGAGCCCGUGGCCCCGCACAGAGAGUCACAGUCCUGUCAGUCUCGCUCGGGGAGGAAGGCUGGUGGAUCACUUAGCCUUUUGGCAAAUUCUGGAAUGUCAGUCCUUGGUGGAACUUUACUUCCAGGUAUUUGCUUUUUUUUAUAUAUGAUGAAUAAAAAAGAGGUAUAAUUUAAUGUCAGCAUAUUUAGAUUCCAAUUAAGCAAUAUUGUUACUAUUUUUUGAUUAAUUAUAAAUAGAACUAUGGAAAGUUAAGUUUAAAGUGUUUAUUCUCUUACAAUUUUAUAGAUGUUUUGAUCAUUGCCUGAUUUGAGAUUGUCAUGCUACCCCCUCCCCAAGAGAAAAUGUAUACAGCCAGCUAAUGUGUUUGCCUUCCUCUCAAAGGUUAACAGAUGUGUUUGUCAAACAAGAACAUAGCUAAUGUAAGAAUGGUGGAAACGCUGCCUUCCCAAUCAGAAGCUCUCAUUUAAAAUAAAUGGCAAGGCAGGACAUGGUUGGUCCCCCACCUGUACUUCUAGUCCUUGAGAGGCUGCAGCAAGAAGGUUAGGAAGAAUUUGAGGCCAGCCUGGGCUACAGAGUAUGUUCUAGGCCAGUGACUGUUACAGAGUGAGGUCCAGCCCACCUGGACUAUAAAACACCAGAGGAAGUGGGGCUGCAAGUGCUGCUCGCUCGCUCGCUCGCCCAGCAUGAACAAAGCUGUGGGAUCAGCCCUCUAACUGCAUGGUGAAGAGUCAAAUUGCUGAUACCAUUCAGCCUGCCUUUGUGUGUUUUCAGGAUUCACACAGUUGUGUGCUAAAACAUUACAAUAACCAAAAAGUGUGCUUCCCUAAGUAGUGCACUUGUAAGACUGUGGUAAGGCCAGAGCAACUCUUAGCCUGCAGUGUAGGAAUAACGAAGAAGUGUGCCCACCCCAGACUGUGGGUGUCCCACAGGCUUACUGGGUACUUAAGUGAUGGAAGUAAAAAUGUUACUCCAGCAGAAAACAGGUUACAAGUGAGCUCCCCUCCUGUGUGGGGCUGUGAAAAGCUGGUCUAGCACUGAGCUGGCCUGGUGUCCCAGCCAUGAAAGACUUUCAUGGCUCUGAGUGAGAUGCUGGAAUGUGACUAUGAAAACUGUGGCAGCUGAACCCUUUGACAGCAUCCAGGAUCGUCUUUGAUGAUGCCCAGAUUUCACACCCCUCUUCAGCACACCCGAGAGCACCCCACUGCUGUGACCGGUCUUACACUGUGAUGUCUUAGGCUUUGUUCAGCUAAGAUCCAUGAAGAAUUGAAGUCCACUUGAUCCCAGGUCGGACAGGGCUGAAUCUCAUUUUUCCUUGUAGUGUUAGUUUAUGAGCUCAAAUAAAGUUUUGAUUAGUCAUGUCCCUCUUAGCAGAGGGACAAAAUGUAAUUACUUCGCCUUAGAUAAAAGGACGGAACUGGCAGUUUGUAAAGUUUUUAAAGGCGGUUAGGUCAGGUAGGGUUUGAGUGAUACUGUUCCUUAAAGGAAAUAUAGAAUAUCAAAUACUGAGUUUUUGUAUAAAGAUAUAUAAAUGCAUAAAGAUGGAAAACCAAUAUA